AUGAUUGAGCGCUGGCAACUGGAGACCCAUACAUUUCAUCUCCGCACUGGCGAGGCUACCAUCACCCUACAGGAUGUCGAGGUGAUUUAUGGUCUACAGAUUGAUGGACAGGCAUUGUAUAGAGUGGAGCCUCCGGAGAUGCUACCGUAUCGCCAGGAGUUAACUAGGCUCAUCGGUUUCGAGCCUCUGCAGAGGGAUAUGUGUGGACAGAGUCGGUUGUUGCGGUCCUCCCUCUAUGCUCACUUGCGCUUCGUAGAUCUGCAGGAUCCAAUUGACGAGGCGACGCCUCAGGCUGAUGUUGAUCGACGUGCUCGUUUAUAUAUUCUCAUCAUAUUCGGGGGCAUCAUGUUCCCGAACACGUCGGGUGCGAAUAUGAGCAUGAGGUAUCUGCUCUUUAUUAAGGAUCUAGACCGCCGGGAUGUUGCUACGAGGGGCGCCGCUGUCCUGGCUUACAUGUACAGAGGAUUUGAUCAAGCCUCUAUGGGCAAGAGGCUUGAGGUCACUGCAUUUAGCUCUCUUCUUCAGGUUGAGACCUUUUCAGCCAAUAGUUGCUCACCCUCCCGAUGA